AAAAUAAAGACUGGUGAAUGAUAUAACAUGCCUCUCCUUGGUUCACAAGUGCCAGCUAUGUUUUUUAACUAGAGCGCACAAGUUACCUGGGUGUUGAGUGUAGCUCACUGUACCUUUAAAGUGAUGUACCCUAAGCGUAAGUCAGUAAAGCGGUGUGAGGAAUGCUGUUUCUCAGGUACACAAACUUCAGCUGCGGCUUAUACUUUUGGACAGCACGAUUUGGUUUCGGUUUGAAAUCUUUCUCUUUUUUUCCUCCGGUUAGUUUUGUGCUGGUAGCCACCUAUAGUGUGAAAAAAAGGAAGUUUACAAAGUGACAGCUGUGACAAGCUGAUGGGCAAAGGUUAGACAAGUGAGGGCGGAUCUUCUUGAGCAGCAGGUCGAUUCUAGUUACAAACACUACCUGAGAGAUUGACUAUGCAUAAGUGACAGAUAUAUGCAUACCAUGUACUGCAAUACUGACUGGAAAUAUUUUUUGACACUGGAACUGAAGUGACUGGGAACGUACCGCCUGCGUGCCAGUAGUUUGGGUUCUAGCAAAUCUUGAAUCGGCAGCUCAUUAAUCCCGGCUGCUGCCAGCUUUCUAGUCUGAGGAUCGAACUCCAGACUCCUACUCAGCCUGCAGACUGGCCACUAAUUUGACUCCAUGGCUCCAAUUUUGACAGCAGGCAUUGAAGCCUGGGUGGAAAGUAAUGGUUUCUCUCUGUGGCAGUGGAGUGGAGCUUCAGUUAUCCUUUUGGUGCUUCUGGUCCCUCUGCUGUUUCUGUGUUCAUUUUGCAAAAACUCUUCUUCAAAAUCAUCUAUGGAUCCUGUUGUAACAAAUGAUUCAGCACAGCUUAUCAAAGUGACAGCAGUAAAAGACUAUGGUAUUGACCUCAGCAUGCAAGAAAUAGAGGCAGUAAAGGCAACGCAAGAUAACUUAAACUCUAGUAAUCCAGCAACACAGACAAACAUAAAGAUAAAUGGCUCAGUUGUGCAAGAAAAUCUAGAAGAAGUGGAUGCACUACAAAGGCAAGGAAUACAAAUGAACUCUAAUGGUUCUAUUAAAGGGCAAACAAAUGUAACACCUUCAGAGAUGGGUGUCAUUACAGAUAAAGCUGAUCCUGCUGCUACUGAUGAAGAUACAUGGGUGUCUAGAACUUUUGUCAAUGUCAUUGCUGAGCCUGGGUCACCACAGCUAAGAGCACUGCCAGCCAUUCCAAAAAGUGAAGUUAAGAAAGAUGGCUUUACUGAAGUUGUAAUCAAUCAACUGUAUGAAAGUCUGAAUGAAAUUAUGGAGAAUGAAACAAAAGCUGACUUGACCAUCCCCAAAUAUGUGAAUAGUUUGCAUUCAACAAGCAUGAAAGAACAUUCUAGUGAUUGCCCGGACUCCAAAAUUUCCAAGAACAUAGAUGUUCUUACGGAAAAAGUUGUGAAUGAACUCGAAGUGGACCUGGCAAACCUCAACACUACAAUUGUUCUAGAUCCCUGCAAAAACGACAUACAAAAUGAAAAUAGUUCUGCUGAUUUCCAGAUUAACAAUCAAAAAGAGAGCAGUGGAAAGUUAGGAGCUUCAAUUUCAAAUGAUGUCACAGAAAUAGAAUGGCCUACACCACCUCCUCCUCCACAAUUUUUGGAUGAUCCAGAAGAUUCUCUGUUUGACACUGCACAUUAUAAUGAACCAAAUGAGUUCUGCAAGGAAGAUGCAGUGGUAACUGACAGUACUGAUGAUGAAAACAAAAUCAAGGAAAACAAGCUUUUAGCAGUGUAUGCCCGUGUAAGCAAGAUGAUUAAAAACCCCACCACAGCUGAGUCAUGGAGCCUAUCAAACAUGGGGGAGGAGGAAGAGGAAGAUCUGCCACCACCAAUUCCGGAGAAACAUUUUGAGAUUAAUAAUGUGACAGAAGCCACACAAGAGGGCGCCAAUAAUUUCACGGACAAAUCUGCUGCUGAGGGGCUAUCACAAGAAAAUGCCCAUUCCAGCCAGAAUUCCACAGUGCAAGCUCCACCAAUGGUAGAAAAGCAGGCUACAGAAGCAGCACUCCUUGAUGAUGCAAUCUUUGACACUUCUAGGCAAGACAGUGCCCCCAAAUCAGAAUUUGCAGAUGCAGUGGAUAAAGGAAAUGAAAAUUCUAUGGCCAGAUCUACAGCUGAGGGAGUGACGCAAGAAAAUGGCCCAGUUAGCCAGAAUUCCACAGAACAAUCUUCAAUAACACCAGAAAAAUGGUAUUCAGAAGCAACAAUCCUUGAUGAUGAAGUUUCAGACACUUUCUGUAGGCAAGACGGUGCUCCCAAGUCGGAGGCCACUUACAAAGAGGAAAAAGGAAAUGCUGAUGCCAAGGACUCCAUGGACAGACCUGCCCCUGGGGUAGAGGUACAAAAAAAUCCCAUUGCUAUCCAAAAUUUCAUAGAGAAUGAUUCAUCAAAACAGCCUCGAGAAGCAACAAUCCUUGAUGAUGCAGUCUCAGACACAUCUAGGCAAGACAGUGCUCCCAUAUCAGAACCCACUCACAAAGAAGAAAAAGGAAAUAAAACAGACAACAAGAAAUGUUAAGUAUCCUUACAGUGCCUCAGGACCAGAGACUGAACUGUAGGCAAAACAUAGCCAACUACUUUCAUUCAGCAAAUAAAAACUGCCUUAUGUUUCUAUUCUGAUCAAGAUAAAGGCUGCCAGAGAAGUCAAAAGUGGACAGGAGUGAUCAGGCAAUGUUUUAUUUUGUAUUUCUGGAAAUAUCUCUAGCAAAGUUUAAAGGAAUGGAAAUCUAGGAAUCAGUAUUUGUACUUGCUGUUACUUUAAUUGAUUUCUCAGUGGCAGAUUGGGUGUACAGAGAUUUGCUAACUAGUUGCUAUCAGCUAAUCAAUGUACAGGUGUACCAUGUGGUUGCCACCGUGUCUUGAGAAAGUCACAAAAUACAAGUUACAAAGGCACACUUUACAUUCUAUUAACAUAUUACCUGCUCUGAGAAUAUCAUUUUUGGAUGGAAUCUUGCUUUUGUGAAUAAUAUUUAAUUGGUUGUAUAGUACAUGACUAAUGGGUUUGUGGACAUGGUAUGGAAGUAGCACAAGAAUCACUGAUCAGGAAGACUCCUCUAGGCAUAAAGCAUUAUGGGUAUAUGCUGUGAUGACUCCAAUAUAUCCGUCGGAUUAUUUUGUAGGAGCAUGACAGAUUGAAGCCACAUUAAUCUGCCCCUACAUUUUUUCCAUUAUGAAACCAGAUGUGUCAUAGCAGAAUCACAGAGAAAUGUAACAUGUUCAUAAGCAAAAUACAGAAAGUUAGAAACCCUCCACCGCACACAAAUUUAACUACUAUAAAGACAUGCCAGCCUCAUUCACCAGUCUCCAUUUUGAUGACACACAAUGUGUCUUUGCCUGAAACAUUUUUGCUGUCACUACUAGUUUACAAAAUAAAAUAGCAACAUGAUAGUCUCGAAUAUAGUGCUGUAAAAAACAGAAUCAGGCCAUCUUUAUUUUACUACUACAAUCUAAGAAUGUUAACACAUAAAUAAACAAGCAAGGAUAUAUUUAACACCUUGCAUGGCAGAAAUUUAAGGGAUUCUGUCAAUACAUUAUGUCCUGUGGCAUCCAAGAUCGUUUUACCCUUCUUUUCUGGGACUAUGAGUAUUUCUUAAAUUUGCUGAUUUUUUUUCUUAAUGCUUAAAGAAUUAGCUGAACAUUAAAUGAACCUGAAGUUAAAUGAUUUCAAGAAAAUAAAGCCUGACUGAUCCUUGGUUUCUACUGAAGAUUUGAACAUGUCAGCGUCAAAUAGAAAUACUGGGACAAGAAGAUUGCAAGCCAGGAAUGCCAAGGACCUCAUAAUCAAGCACUCAUAGUUGUUCCCCCUUCUGGACCCAUUUUUAUCACUUAUUCCUGUACAUACAUGCAUGCAUACAAAUAUUUCAGGCAUAGGCAAUAAUGCCCUUUUAGCCUGCCAAUAAGGCAUAUCAGCUAUUCCCAUAGUAAGUGUCCAGUUUGUUCUUAAAAAUAUCUAAGUUAGUACUUGCUUUAAUGUGUAUAUUCCACACACCAGCCACUAUCUUAGUGAACUAAUUAAUUCAUCUCUCUUAUUCUUAUACAUAGGUUGUCUGAUGAUUCUCUGCUACUUUUUGAUUCCCAGAGGUAAUUGUCGCUAAAUACCCUAUAUACCUCAAUAAGGUCUCCUUUUAAAUGUUUGGGUCUAUUUAUUUAUUUAGCAUUUGUUUACCAGGAAAAUCCAACUUGGAAUGAGUCAAUUUUCAGCAGAGGUCCAGGGAGAAAUUCUCCAGAUAUGUCUUUGUAAUGUGGGAGGAAAAUGGACCACCCAGCGGACACCCACACAAAUGCAGCAAGGACAUUCAGACUCUGCACAGAAGGUACCUCAGCUGAGAAUCAAACCAGAGAACCUCUUGUUGUGAGGCAACAAUGCAAACUGUUGCACCACUGCACCAUUCAAUGUAUCUAGCAAACAAUUAUUUCAUCAUUUCUGAUUUCCUAGACUCUAUAAAUCUUUUUAUACAAUUUGUAGUUCUAAAACUAUUAUGAAACAGAUGGUUGAUAUGAUGAGAAAACUCAAAGCUGGAUCUACCCAGGUCCUUAAAUGAAUCUACAGUUUCAAUCACUAUGUGUUAUAUUAGUAUUCACAUUUCAGUUUAUGUCUUCCAAAUCUCAUAUACUUAGUUUCUGAAGGAUUUAUUAGCAUAUUAUUCUCCAGUGCCCAAAUGUUCAAUUUAGUCAAGUUCUUUUGCAGAGAUGCCCUGUCAGUAACACAUUUAAUUAAUUUACCCAUUUUCAAGUCAUUUGCAUACAGACUGUAGAACUUCUCAGAUAGAAACGAUAGAAAGCCACAACCUAAACAAGUAUAAGCCUGGAACAGAGCCCUGUGGGAUACCUUGACUGUAAGCUAAUAUGUCACCUGUCCAAUUGUUGUAUGAUACUUGCCAUGUACUAUCUGUAGGCCAUGCAGCUAUCCAUCUUGUCAAGAUUACACCAAUAUCUUGUUGUUUUAAUUUAUUGAUCAGUGUUUUGCGUAUGUCCCUAUCAAAUGCUGAGGUUAAGUCUUUGUAAACUACAUUACACCAAUGUUUUUCAUUUACAGCUGUUAUUAUAUUGUUAUAGAACAUCAUAUUAUAGGUUGUUUAGAUUUUCAACAUAUGCAUGUUGAUGUAUGGUUUCAAGUCCCAACCUUUCCAUUUCUGACAGCGAUAACCUAUUUCAUUGUUUUCCUCAACAUGUAAGUAAACAUAUGGGUCUAUAUGACUCCAGGUUUGUCUUAUUCUUCUUUUCCUGAUAAACAGGUUUAACAAGUGCAUGUAUGCAAUCAGGAGGUAUCUCCCCAUACUUAAAUGAUCAGGUGAAUAACAGAUAUAAUGGUACUCGAAGUUCAGAAGUGUUCUCAGGUCAGUUUGCAUAGUUCUUUUUCAAUAUAAUCAAAUUUAAUUUCGGUAUUUGAAGUUACCAGGAUGUUACUGGGAAAUGUGUCACCUUCUUUGUGGAGCCAAACUGCUAUGAAUACUUGUGUUUGAGAUUAAAUUUUAGAAUCUUCAGACAGUUUAUCAAUUUGUAUAUCUUUACAACUUAAUAUUGUACUAUAAAAUGGUUUCCUGUUAUGCUCCCUGAAGGUCGGGAGAGUCAGUACUCGAUAUGCUCCUUCUGGUCUUCAGCAUUCCUAGCUUACAAUCUUCUUGUGAUGGUAUUGCUGUGUUCAACUCUGUCACUUUUGAAAAUUCAGUAGUAAACCCUGAUGCACACCUGCUUGUGUUGCCCAGCUUUAACUAGAUAAGAAGUAGUCUUGCUUACACAGUGCAUACAUAUUUGGUUAUGCUCUUUUAGCUGCAUAAAAGCAUGGUCAUGAAAUAAAUAUAUUACUAGCAUUAAACUGUGACAGAAGAACCUUUCCAUUUGUUAUUAAAAAUGUUUGUGUUUAGAUAAUUUACUUUCUUUUAGCAUAUGAUAAACCUUAAUUUAAUCAUAAUGUCAAGCUACCAAGUAGCUUUUCUUCCCAUGCCAUUUUAAUAAAACUGUCUGCUGUAGAAACAUGAUACAAGAAUUCAGAAGUAUACUUGGGCUAAGGAAUGGCUCAGUCAAGAUGCUCUUAAGAAAUAUUGUGUUUGAAUAAGUAAACUGGGCUGGUGGAUCAACUAACCUGAGGUUUAAACUGUAAAGGCAGUAACAGUUCUUUCAUUCAUUUCCUGAUUAUCAGCUUCAUGCAGUGCAGAGCUGUGGAGGAGCCAGACCCUUUGCUGGCAUUCAUUGAGCACAGGACAGAAAUUCCUCCUGAAAGUAGUAGCAGCCCAAUUGCAGGAUGCAUAUGGACAUUCAAUUUCACAUGGUUUGCUGAUGUGGUCAAUUUAGAGGAAUGCCGGUUCAUCUUCAGCACAUAUAUGGGAGGUAGAAGGAACCAGAGUACCUAUCAAAGGGUUCCAUUUACAUUGUCAAAAGGGCUGUUCAUCGAACACCUUUUAUCAACACGUAAAUGCCGAACUACCAAAACUUUGAUCGCACACAUAAGCAAAUUUUUUCCCAGGGGAAAAAAAUUGCUUGGCUGUCGUCAGGAAUUUGUCCUUUCCUCACCUGUAGUGUGAUCUUGAAGUUGGUAUAUUUAGUUAGGGGGGGUGUGGGGGGUGAAGUCCCUCACUUCAUAGGGUGUGAUAGUUUGUUUUCUUUGCUGCUGGCCAAGCUAUUUUAUCCCCUGGGAAAAAAUUUACUUAUGUGGCCGUUCAAAGUUUUGGCAGUUCACUGUUUACAUGUCGAUGAAAGGGUGUUCGAUGAAUAGCAUUUUCAACAACAUAAUAUAGACCCGCUAUCAAAAUUUCAUAAAGAUACAUGAAGGACCUGUAUACAUCAUAGACCAGAUACCCAAGCCAAGAAACGAACUGCUGACCCAAGAGCUAUGAGUCAGCAUUGCUGCUGUGCUGCCCAUAGUAAACUUUAAACCAAAAUGACAUGAAACUCUCUAAACUGCGAUGCAUGCUCUUCUGUGCAUUUUCAAAGCACCACAUUAUUAGUAGAACAAAUCUGAAAUGUAUCAUGAAAAAAUGGGUUUCUUCCAACAUCAUAGCAUUGCUUUUAUCCUAGAUGCCAUUUAUUGUCUUAUUUAAUGCUAGACAAUUUACUUCCAAUCAAACCACUUUCAGCCAUCAUUUAAAAAUGAUGACUUCUCCUAAUGACUGUCUCUCUGCUCCAUUAUUUACAUACAAACGGGGCAUAUUUAAGAACAUAUUUAGUAUAGAUGGUUGAAAGGUAUUAAGUAUCUCAUGCUGCUUCUGUGCCGCAUAAUACACUAGACAUGUGCGCUGGAUCACGUGGAGAACGAUCCACUUUUGUAUAGCACAGAUAAUGUUACUUGAUAUGUCUUGUUCCUUUGAAUGAGGAUUUAACAGAGAUUUGCUUUUUUCUAUGUGUUUCAUCCACCCUCUAUAAUUCCUUUGUGAUACUAACUCACAGUGUAAAUAUUUGUUAUUUAGGUCAUAAAGUAUGGAUAAGUAAGAACAAUCAAGAACAUAGUGUCAUUUCAGUUGUAUGGCAACAUUACAGGAAGGCAUAAAGGGCUGUGAAUAUUAAUAUUUCUCAUGGAACAGAUAACUAGAUGAGUAAAGGGAUGGCUAGAGGGACAGACAGAUAGCUGUAUACAGAGCAAAAUAGAUAGUAGAUAUUCAUAUAUGUGCAGCACACACAAAAUUAAAUAUAGCAAUGUUGCUCAUCAUCAGAAAUAAUAGAUAUAUGUGUUAAAGCCACUAUUCAAUAACUUUACUUGGAAUUUUAAACAUGGUAUUCAGCUAUGGCUUCUUACACACCUGCAAACAGCUGACAAGACAUUUUCUAUGGGCUGGCUGACACGUUGCCUAUUGCAGGUAUUUAUGAGUAGGGAGGAAACUGGAUCACAAAACAAACAACAACAAAAAAACAUGGGCAUAGGGAGGACAUGUAGACUCCUCAUAGAACUUCCCAGGCAAAAAACUGUAAAAUUAACUUAUGGAGGUAGAAAUGCUACUCACUAUACCACUGUAUAGCUCAGCUAAAAGGAAAUUAAAUGCCAUUUGUACAGUCCAUCACACAGGUCUACACAGAUGCAUAUUUCUUCCUUAAAAAAGAGGACAGACACUUGCUUUUCUAUACAGUCUUGUUAAAACUUAAGAAAUAUGCUGCAUUGUUUCUGUGUUCAUUCCAAUCACAGUCUUAGAUUGUGGAUUGUUCUUAGUCUCAGUUUAGAAUGGGCAGGUAUUAUAGUGGUGGUCAGCACAAGGGAUAUAAACUGAAAGCAGAACCAUAAAUGGUUUUAGUAAUGAGUAUACACAAAGUAGCAUAGUUUUUGUGUGUUGUAAAGCAUAAUAAUUUAUCUUUUGCUCAGUACUGUUGCACAGAGUUGUUACUAAGCAGUCAUAUUCAGACCAUCCACUUCCUUCUCCAAUCCAUAGAAAUGUAUAGUAUUGGUGAUUGUGCAAGCUCUGUUUGUAAUAAAGAUAGUCACUUUUAUAUAUGUGUCCGUAACUGAAACAGCCAAGGACUCCUAAUUAGAAUAAACUGCAGAUAGGCAAAUUAUUUAUUAGAAAUACAUGGUUAUCUCUUAAGAGAGUUAGAUAGGUAAUGUUGCUGUUUAGCUACUUUGGUAGAAAAGUAUAGUUUCAAAGUGCAGCAAUAUCUUCACUUUAAGAAAGAGGCAACAUCUGUUUCCUGUGGUUUUGAUUUUCUUUAUACCCUCUGCAGUCAUCUGCCACUCAGCACUGAUCAUCUUUCUGAGCUGGAUUGCUUAAGUAAUCUUAUUUAGUAAUCAACAAUUCAGGUGAUUGCUGUUAUCCACAUAUUUCCAUGCCAAAUAAACUGUUUACAAAUGUUAGAAAAAUAAGGUGGUGCUAGCUGGGUUCUGACCCUAUUAUUCCUAAUGUAUUACUGAAUGCAUAAGGUGAUACCUGUGAACGUAUAGACAUAGAAACCACGGUGUAACCAUUAGUCUGAUCAGUGCUGUUGCUGGGGAAAUGAUGCAUCUCUAACAGUAACAACUUACUAGUCUCAGCAGUAGUUCAUUUUGUACUUCUUUAUGUCUGAAUGAAGGGACAUAAAUGGAAUUCAUCCUGCGAUUAAGUAACUACUUAAAGUACUUUUUUUUGUUGUUGUUGAAUAACUAAACUUUUCACAAGAGCAUCUGAUAAUCAGAUUAUAGGAACUCGGUGGCCUGUAGACAAGCUGUGACAGGACGAAGUCAUUCAGAAUGGUAAAUGCUACUUGAUCAGAUUAUCUUUUCUCCGAAUGUUACCUUUUUCAGGGAUGAAAGCUACAACAGCCAUAUUUUGAGGCAUCACUCUGAUCAGCCCAAAAGUAGAAGCAAGUCCCUGCCAUGUUCUUUAAUCAAACUGUAAACCAAAUAAUAUGCUUAAAAUAUAUGCUGAUGGUAGAAGUUUUUCUACAUAUGAAAAAGAUGGGCAGGGACUAUGAAUGCAUUCCUUUUUAAGUGUUCUGCCAAUCUGUGAGCACUAAGGUUGGCAGUGUGAUCCCUGAUAGGAUAAAUAACGACUCGGUCUCAGUUGCCAUUUUGUUCUUAGCAUUUAUUUCAUUUAAGUUACGAUACUUCUGCACUAGUGAGGCUUUGAUCAGCACUACAUUGCACUAACACAUUAUCUAUACCAUGAUCUUCACCCUCAUGAUCAAACCGUGCCAACUGUGGGUAAAUCUUUAUAUACCCACACCCACUUAUGGAUUAUUGCUUAAUACAUGUAUUCGGAUAUAUUAUUUGUCUACUCCAAGGAAAAAAAAGGUUGGUAAAGUAUCACAUUAAGGCCUUUGACAAAGCAUUUCAGAUUUUGCAUGUGAUGUAAGAAUUAAUAAUGGUACCAGGUUUAAGACUAGCUUUCUAAAUGUUAAUCACUCAUGCAUGAUUCAACAUUGAGAUUGCACUAGCUUGGGCAUUUUGCUUUUCACCAACAUAGU